AUGCGACGAUGGCUGCAGGUCUUUGCACGGCGAGGAGCUGCGAUAAGCACCCCCUGGGUCUCAGCAUGCUCCCGUCUUAACAAUUGCCGCGAAUUGAGGCCGUUUGCCUCGUCUUCUUUGCGACUCGCAGCCCCUAGUACACCCAUCACCGAUCUCGAACAACGACUGGCAGCCAUCCCGAUUGACCGUUAUCGCAAUUUUUGCAUCGUGGCACAUGUUGACCAUGGCAAAAGUACCCUUAGUGACCGCCUCCUCGAACUCACCGGCACCAUCCAGGCAGGCUCAAACAAGCAAGUCCUAGACAAGUUGGAUGUCGAAAGAGAACGUGGAAUCACUGUCAAAGCACAAACAUGUUCUAUGAUCUACAAGUACAAGGGACAAGAUUACCUACUUCAUCUUGUCGAUACUCCUGGCCAUGUGGACUUCAGAGCUGAAGUUGCUCGGAGUUAUGCAAGCUGUGGGGGGGCCUUAUUACUGGUUGAUGCAAGUCAAGGAAUACAAGCGCAGACUGUCGCCAACUUCUACCAAGCCUUUGCUCAAGGUUUGACACUCAUACCUGUCAUCAAUAAAGUUGAUCUGCCCCAUGCCGAUCCUCCUCGUGCCCUACAACAGAUGAAAGACAGUUUUGAGCUGGACCCGAACAGUGCUGUCCUGGUCUCGGCAAAGACGGGUCUGAACGUUGAGAGCAUCCUACCUAUAGUGAUAGAAGAGAUUCCUGCACCAACUGGAGAUGACCAGGCCCCACUGAAACUUUUCCUGGUUGACUCGUGGUAUUCAACCUACAAAGGUGUUAUUCUACUUGUACGCGUGUUCGAGGGAUCAGUUCGCGCAGGCGACCAGAUUGUUUCCUUUGCCACCGGCAACAAGUAUAUUGUUGGAGAGGUUGGAAUCAUGUACCCUGACCAGGUGCCACAGAAAGUCCUUCGGGCGGGGCAAGUUGGUUAUGUCUAUUUUAAUCCAAGUAUGAGAAAAAGCAAAGAGGCAAAAAUUGGUGACACCUAUACCAAGGUCGGCUUCGAAAAGAAAGUCCAAGCCUUACCUGGUUUCGAAGAGCCAAAGCCUAUGGUCUUUGUUGCGGCAUUCCCUGUCGACCAAGGAGAUUUUGAACAUCUCGAGGACAGUAUCAAUCAGCUGACAUUGAAUGACCGAAGUGUUACCGUGCAAAAGGAAUCAUCAAACGCCCUUGGCGCAGGUUUUCGUCUUGGGUUUUUGGGCACCCUGCACUGCUCAGUGUUCGAGGAUCGUCUGCGACAAGAGCAUGGAGCUAGCAUCAUUAUCACACCUCCUACUGUCCCUUUUCGAAUCAGAUAUAAAGAUGGCAAAGAAGUGGUGGUCACUAACCCUGCCGAGUUCCCGGAGAAUGAUACUGUUCGUCGGAACGUGGCCGAUUUGCUCGAACCCUAUGUGCUGUGCACCUUGACUCUGCCCGAAGAGUAUCUUGGCCCCGUUAUCGAGCUUUGCGAGGCGAAUCGCGGUGAACAAAAAUCCCUUGAGUAUUUCACCUCGACGCAGGUCAUUCUCAAAUACGAAAUGCCGCUGGCCCAACUAGUGGACGACUUCUUCGGCAAGCUAAAAUCGGGGACCAAAGGUUAUGCCACACUGGACUACGAGGAAGCUGACUGGCGCAGCAGCAAUAUUGUCAAACUCCAGUUGCUGGUCAAUAAGGAACCUGUUGACGCUGUUUCACGAGUUAUGCACCAAUCCCAAGUUCGUCAAGUGGGUAAGCGGUGGGUUGAAAAGUUCAAAGAGCAUGUCGACCGCCAAAUGUUUGAGAUUGUCAUUCAAGCUGCUGUUGGAAGGGAGAUUGUUGCACGCGAAACCCUCAAGGCAUUCCGAAAAGACGUCCUGGCUAAAUUGCAUGCUAGCGAUAUUACUAGACGGAAGAAAUUGCUAGAGAAACAGAAAGAAGGGCGCAAGAAAUUGAAAGCAGUGGGAAAUGUGGUUAUUGACCACACUGCAUUCCAAGCCUUUCUGGCAAAAUGA